AUGGGCGUGGCAUGGUUAAAGAUGGCGGCUGACAUGGGGUUGUUACUGCUGCUACCACUAGUUUAUCUGGCUCUACUAUCGAGCGCGUUACCUUCUCAUGACCCUCUCUCUCCUGCACUCCAUUAUUAUGAAAAGCUACACAAAGACAACGUGAGGCACAAGAUUGUACGUGACAACAUGCCAAGACUUGAGGACAACCUUAUUGAGCUACACCUCGACAUUCAUUCAAAAUAUUUCAGAUUACAAUUAUCUCCUACUAUCGAGUCCUUCCAUCCGUCAUUACAAUCUCAGUCCUCUCAUCCAAUCAAUUUCUCUGAGUUCUUUCAUGGUCACGUAUUUGGGGCAGAGUUCAGUGAUGUGACGGCUCAUAUGACCGAGGAUGGGAUAAUGACAGCUAUCAUUGUAUUGGAUAUAGAGACAUACUACGUUGAGCCAUCAAGCAGACAUAUCAAGGAGUCACAUGAUUAUCACAUGAUAACGUAUAAGGCUUCCGAUAUCAAGUAUAACAUGACUGGUGAUGCCAAUUCUCCAUUUUGUGGUCACAAAGGUGCAUAUAAAGUUAACCACACCCACUACGUUAAUUUUGGUAAGACGCCAUCAAAAGUGCGGAGUAGGCUAAAGAGACAGGCUCCAUCGCCAGUGACCGUUUGUCCAAUGUUCCUCGUUGGCUCGACCAGCUUCUAUGAGCAGUUUGGUGGAGGAGAGGUGGAAAAAGCUAUUAAUUAUCUGCUCUUGUUAAUGCUGGAUGUCAAUCGUAUAUAUAGAACUACUGAUUGGUUUAUACCUAAUGUUGUUGAUAGUGCUACUCCUGGUACUAAGGGACUCCAAAUUGCAGGAGUUAAUAUUAUUAAUGAUGCUAAUAAUGCCCCUGCUUACAAUCAAGAUAGCAACGUCAUGUCCGAGAAUCUUCUAAGAGAGUUCUCCAGGACAGACUGGAGCAGAUAUUGCUUGGCUCAUCUCUUCAUUGGUAGCAACUUCGCCGAUAACUCUAGACUGGGCGUGGCUUACAUUGCAGAUGCCUCAAGCUUCUAUCUAGGAGGCGUGUGCUCUCGGCGUACUAGUAUAAAUGGAGUUGCAUUCUCUGGUAAUACUGGUAUAUCAUCAUUUCGUGCUCGAUCCAGACUCCUCCUACUUGCUGAGGCUGUUAUCAUCACAGCUCACGAGAUAGGACACAACUGGGGGGCCCAGCACGAUGACUCCUCCUCCUCCGAGUGUAGCCCCUCCCCUGAGAACGGAGGGAAGUACCUGAUGUAUCCCAUAGCUCAGGACGGAACAGCUGAUAAUAAUAAUGUUUUUUCUCCUUGCUCUGUUCGUGGUGUGAGUCGUGUACUAAACACUCAUGAAAGUGACUGUUUCACAGCUCCUAGUAAUAAUUUGUGUGGUAAUUUCAUUGUUGAUGUUGGUGAGCAGUGUGACCCUGGUCCUACUGGUGUUCUUUCUGGUGGUGACAUGUGCUGUACUGUCGGGUGCAGGUACAAAGGGAACGCCACACAUACUUACACAUGCAGUGAUACUAAUCAUGAAUGUUGUCAGGGUUGUUUCAUAAGUAGAGAAGGUUCUAUCUGUCUCCUUCGACAGUAUGGGAACUUAGGCUGCCUUGCUAAUGAGACAUGCAAUGGUAUGGACAAAACUUGUCCAAGUAGUGUGACAAGUGCUCCAGUUGAUACUCCUUGUGGAUUUGAAGGUAUCUGUGUUCCUACAGCUGACCCUAAUGAUGAUGUAAAUAAAACCGAGUGUAGGCAGUUUUGUGAACAAAUGGACCUUGAAACAUGUCACUGCACUGGUGAGGAUCAGUGUAAGAUAUGCUGUAGGGACGGUAGUGGUGCUUGCAGUCGAAUCAAUAAUCCUUCAAUGGAUCUUCCUGAUGGGAGCUUUUGUGAGGGAGGAUCCUGUCAACAGGGUACUUGUGUUUUAUCUGAUCCAGAUCUCGUGACAUUUCUCUCUGACCUUUUUGGAAAUUUCAGCACAAAUGCUCUCCUUCAGUUCUUGUAUGAGAAUAUUGUUGGCAGUGUCAUUGUAGUUUCUCUAUUCGUCUGGAUACCAGUGUCUACUGCUGUGCACGUAUUUGACAUUUGGUGGGAGAAGAGAAGAGAGAAGAAGAAGAAGAAGAAGAAACAAAAAGAUGACGAGAAGAAACUAGUUGAGAGCGUGGAUUAUGACUCUGAUGACCCUGACAAUCCUAAGGAAAUUGAAGAGGUCACAGAAGAAAGGAAAUUUCGUGAUAAUAAGGACCCAGAAAAAGAUCCAAUAACUCACCACCUGCUGGAUAAAGAAACUGUUAUAAAUUAGUGUUGAUUAUGAGUGGACAAUUAAAGUAUUUUUUAACCCUUUCAAUGCUCUUUUCCCCUCUAUUACUCUUGAUUUUAUUAAAGCAUAGAUUGGAUAUUUUUUCUUCUCUUUGUACAUGUGUAUCUUGUAAGAUGUACAUGUACUUACAGUAUAUUUUUGUGAUCUCCAUCUCUCUCUCUCUCUCCAUCAUUCCUUCUACAAAUACUUUAUAUGUACAUCAGUUGAAA